UGUGGAAACGUCAGUGAACGUCAUUGUGACAUUAAGAAAAAUAUUUACAGAAUUAUUUUCGAAAAAUGAUCUAGCCCUUAUUCAGUGCCAAUUAAUUUCGUAUCAGUUUCACAAAAAUGUCUGAACCGAAUGGUCGACAGUCAGUCAACGACCCAUUAGAGCGAAUAAUCGGCGAAAUGGCUUCGGACAUCCGCAACGAGGGACAAUACAUUCCUCUUGGAUUCUCCGCGCAACAAAGUGUUUCAGACCCAAUUAACUGGAACCCCCAGCCCAAUGCUAACGCAUACUUGAACUAUGGACUGUCCUAUCCGGAGCCUCAUUUGUCCCCGGCAUGUCAGGAGCCUUUGGCCAACUAUAUCAAUCAGAAUGGCUCAAUGUUUGAACCAGUUGUGUUUCAAAAGAACCUCAAUAUGCCCGAGUUCAAUGGUUAUGAUUUGCGAUCAAACAGUGCCCCACAAACCUUAUACAAUAGUUAUCCUCAGUCAGUAAUUGCCGACAAUAUUCUGCACGAUUCUUUGAACCAGAAUGCACCUAUUUUCGAUAACUUGGUGGGAAAUUGGAGUAUGCCCAACAAUACUGCAACAUACAGUCCGUUUGGAAACACUGAUACAUUCAAACCCAGCCUGUUCGACUUUCAGGCACAGAAUGGAGACAAUUCCAUCGAAGAAGAUCUCAAAUUUAAGCAACACGAGUUUGUCAAUGACAAGUUUAAUUUCAAUAAGGAUUUGAGGAAGUCUCGGCCACUAGCUGAAGUAAAACCGAUGAGACCCAGCUAUUCAGAUGUUCUAACCAAGCCUGUACCUGCUAAUAAUGCAAAAACCUUCAAUAUUGAGUGCAAGGACGUGAAGUUCAAGAAGGAUGCUCGUAAGAAUGGGAAAAUCGACAAGCCAGGCAAGUCUUCUAAUUUGCUGAACCGCAGCAAUACAAACAAUGACAUCAAAGACCUGCCGGGUGACAAAACGUUGAUAAUUAACAAACCGGAAAAGAAAAAUGUAAAGCCUAAUCAGCUAACUAGAAAAUGGGCUUCCUUGGACAACAUUGCUGAGCCAGCUGCAAAGGCAGAGGAGCCAAAGCGUAUUAGGAAGCAAGAAGAAUCCUAUACUAAUAAACCAGUCAAUAAAACAAAAAUCAAAUCGACGAAAACCAUCAACAAUCCAGCUGAUGAGGUUUUCGAUGAUGCUGUUAAAGCUGAGUCCGUAAACAUUACCAAAAACUUGCUGAAGAAGAACAAACCAACUGCAAGGCAAAAACAGAACGAAGGCCAUAGCAGUGGAUCAGAAAGACCUUCAUCGAAAAGACCUCUAAGAUCGAGAAAGAAGGAAAGCCAGCUGAUUUUGUGCGUUCUUAAGGAUAAAAUCAAGCUCUAUACAAAAGGAUGGUGGAAGGUGUUCACAGUGUUCGCUUUGUGGCUAAUCCAUUUGAUUUCUGAUGUUUGCAGCCUUAGUGUUCAUCUGGGUCGCGAUUUUAUCAUAAGUUCCUGGACUCAAUUGAUCGCCUUUUGGACAUCAUUCACCAGUACUAGCGAGACGAUUUUGAAACGAUGUAGGCUUACAGCAUGGAUAUGGGAGAAGGUUGAAUCCAAAUUCAAGAAGAAUCACAAAAAACCGAGACUCGAAGAGGAAACCAACAAUUUGUUGAAUAAUGGAAUCGACAACAAUAUCAGCAUGCCAACCACUGGAGAUGAAGCGAUGAAAAGAUUAUUAGCGUGCAAAGGCAAGGACCCCUACAGUAUACUAGGGGUAACUCCGAAGUGUACAGAUGACGACAUUAAAAAGUAUUACAAGCGACAAGCAUUUUUAGUGCAUCCAGACAAGAAUAAUCAACCGGGGGCCGAGGAGGCAUUUAAGAUACUAGUUCAUGCCUUCGAUAUGAUCGGAGCACCUGAAAGACGAGCAACAUAUGACAGAGGUGUGGCAGAAUCGGCUUUUGUUGUACAAAACUUCAGUCAAAUGGCCGAAUUGCUGCAGAAGCUGCAGCAGAAAAUGGAAAUGAAUGCAAACACCAUUCGAUGCAGUGCAUGUGGUGACAGACAUAAGAGGAUUAGAGUGGAUCGGCCUAGCUACGCGGCUAGAAAUUGUAAAUCCUGCAAAAUUCAUCAUGCUGCUCGAGAAGGAGACAUAUGGGCAGAAGCCAGAUGUUUUGGCUUUCUUUGGCAUUAUUACGCCUGCAUGGAAGGGUCAGUGUAUGAUAUAACUGAUUGGGCGGGUUGUCAGAAGGAAACGCUGAAACAUUUGAAGCCCGACACGCAUCAUGUGCAAUAUCGAAUCGCCCUUGGAAAACAGAACAACAGCCUGCCAAGGAGGAGUAGUCAGGCACCUCGGAUGGACAGGCCUGAUUUGGAGAACCUGCUAAACUCCUUGUAUGGGCACAAUGACGGCGGUGCUUCCCGAAGGAAGAAUAGAAAUAGAAAGUAAGCUUGCUGAUUUGUUUCACAUAGUUGAGUUUGAAUACUAUUUUUAAACCUGCAUAAGAAAGUUAUUUUCUCUAGAAAAUAAUUGUCCUUAUACAGAAUUGAAAACUGUUCUCGUUCAACUCUGGAUCAUUUGUUCAAGAGAGAUAAUUAAUUACGAGUUUGUUCUGCGCCUUGUAAUUUUUCCUUUAAUGUGCUAAACUGCUAUAAUUUAAACGAACUUAAAUCGCAAAUCUCAUCAAAA